AAGAAAAAAGAGAAGUGCCAACAGAAGCCCAUCUAAAAGGCAUGGCGUCUGUUUUCUCACAACAUUCUUUGCCCCUGCGACCUUCCAUCUCCCACUGGACAGCUUCAUCGUACAAGAAAGAUCCACGAAAUCCGAACCCUGUUACUAAUUUACUUGUUCUGGUACGAGGCAGAGCUUCUGAGGUUCCUAAUUCGGUUUCUUCAGGCACAAAACAUAAUGUGCUUUGUUGCAAGAACAGUGAAGAACAACAUCAAAACCAAGAGCCAUGUUUUCGGGUUCAAGAACGAUGCGGUGCUAAAAGAAGAGAGUUUGUGCUUCAGACAACAGUUACUGCAUUUUCUUUUCCAGCGAUCAUUUCGCAUGCAUUGACUGAGAGCGAUGUACCGGAGAAUUUUCGCGUUUUUACGGACGAUGUGAACAAGUUCAAGAUACUGAUUCCCCAAGAUUGGCAAGUAGGUGCAGGAGAGCCUAAUGGUUUUAAAUCAAUUACUGCUUUCUACCCGGAGGAGACCUCCAAUUCAAAUGUCAGCGUCGUAAUUACGGGUCUUGGAGCAGAUUUUACCCAGAUGGAAUCUUUGGGCAAAGUCGAUGCUUUUGCUGAGACUCUGGUUAAUGGAUUGGAUAGAAGCUGGCAAAGGCCUCCAGGUGUGGCUGCAAAACUCAUAGACUGUAAAGCUGCAAAUGGUAUAUAUUACAUUGAAUAUUCACUACAAAAUCCUGGCGAAAGUCGGAGACAUUUGUUUACAGCUAUUGGGAUGGCAUCCAAUGGCUGGUACAACAGACUAUACACUGUGACAGGACAGUUCUUGGAGGAAGAAACAGAGAAAUACAGCUCCACAAUUGAGAAGGCAGUAGGAUCCUUCAGGUUCAUUUGAAAAGAUAUGUGCCAGAACGAACAGUUUUGGUUCUAAGUUCUGGCUCCCUGGCUUUGUAUAUCAAACAUGUCAACACCAAAUUAUAUAUAUAUAUAUAUAUAUAUAUAUAUUUAAUUGGUAACAGUGAAUGAUGUUGACU